GUGAUAUAGAGAAGAACUUCCAGAAACAUAUCGAACCUUAUAAAACCAUAGAUUCAACAUAUUGUUAGAUAACCAAUAUUUUUUACAGAGACGAUGAUGAACUACCUUUUUACCUUAGUUGGUUUGUUUACGGUGGUGUUUGCCGCGCCAUCAAAAUUAGAACGAACCUGUGGCGGGAAACCAGCGGACGUCGUUUUUGUCAUUGAUUCUUCCAGCAGCAUUUGGCCAGAAGAUUUUUCACGCCAUGUGCUUCCGUUUGUACGUGACGUCACCGCCAUGUUUGAUAUUGGACCAGGGUUGACUCAAUCUCGAGUCGGGGUGGUUACUUUUGGGACGAACCACUACUUACGAUUCCAUCUGAAUACCUUCUUGGAUAAAGAAACCGUAUUGAAACGCAUCAUGGCGAUUGAUAUGACAGGUGGAGAAACCAACACUGCCGGUGUCCUCAAUUACGUCACUGAUCACAUGUUCACAAGUAAAAGAGGAAGUCGAAUUGGCGUCGACCAUAUUGUCAUUGUUCUUACUGAUGGCGAAUCCAAAAACAUGGAAAAGACAAGAAAGGCAGCUGACCAUGCUCACCAAAGCGGACUUCAGGUGUUUUCUAUUGGUGUCGGAAGUGGAGUAGAUGUAGAAGAACUAGGAGAUAUUGCCAGCGACCCUAAGUCUAAAUUUAUGUUUGAAAUCACCGAUUUCCGUGCACUUCAGAGAAUUAAGGAAGAACUAGCUAUCAGAACUUGUGAAAUUGCAACAACAACGACUACCACAACAACCCAAGCUCCAACAACAACAACAACACUACCACCUACAACAACCAAAGAUCUAUAUAUUGCUGAUGCGCCAUUAUCACUAAGAAGUUGUGGAGGAAAGCCUGCUGACGUUUACUUUAUCCUUGAUUCUUCAUCCAGCAUCUGGAAGAAAGAUUACUACGAAAAAAUGGUAAAAUUCGUACACGAUGUCUCUGAUAUUUUCGAUAUUGGUUCUGAUAAAACCAGGGUUGGCGUUGUCACAUUUAGUGAUCAGAACACGCCUGUAUUUGGCCUCAAUGACUUCACCAGUCGUGAGGAACUCCUUGCCGCUAUGUCUUCUGACGUUAUACCGUACUUGACUGGUGGAACCAAUACAGCGGCCGCCAUUAAAUACGUCGCGGAAAUAGGAUUUUCUCCCAUCAUUGCUCGACCUGGUGUUGCACACGUUGCCGUUAUCAUCACCGACGGUCAGUCUAAAGAUGCCGAGGCUACACUCAGAGAAGCAGAAGCUGCCAAAAAAUCAGGAAUUUAUAUGUUUGCAAUUGGCGUUGGUGAUAGUGUUGACCAACAAGAACUUACAGAUAUGGCAAGUCAGCCCUCCAAAGACUACGUAUUCAGUGUCAAUAACUUUGGGGCCCUGGAUACAAUUAAGAACCUCCUGGCCGUGAAAACCUGCCUAGUAUCUUCAUCAGAGGAAAUGCCAAAUGAUCAACAAUCAAAUAACGUUUGUGAGCUCGAGCCAACAGAUAUUGCUUUCGGGUUCGAUUCAUUCGCCAUGGGACAAAAACAAAGUCACCGGGUCGUCGAAAUCAUCACUUCUCUCACCAAUCACAUGACAUCAAGGUCUAAAGGGUAUUACCAAUUCAGUGUCUUAUCCAAUGCUUGUUCCAGACAUAAGGAUGUUCCCAUGACCGACAUACGUCAAGCUGAAAGCGUCCUUGGAGAUAUGAAAGAAGACAUGACCUCCCAGCUACACCAAAUUAUCAAGCAACUGAGACGUAACGCAUACAGUCCCAGCAACAACGCACGAUUAGGAGCUCAAAAAGUGGCAAUUUUGGUUUUGGAUGAUUCUGCUGUCAUAGACAAGAAACGAGUCAUUGCUAAUGCUAAACGUGCCAAGGCAUCUGGAGUUGAGAUAUUUGCUGUUACUUUAAGUUCCAUGGAUCAGUCAUUUGUUAGUGAGAUUGUUUCGGACUCCGUAAAGACACAUCUGAUACAAGCUGAAAGGAACGAGAACGUUUUAUCUAUUCGUAACAAAAUUAUAAAACAACUAUGUUAAGGUGAAUAUUUGCGCAGUAAUCCGUCCAAUUCCGGGAAUAAUAGAUUCAAAAAAUCCUUAAACGAAAUGUGGAUUACAUUGUGUUCUCGGUAUAAAAUUAAACUAAACAGCGUGAUAUGCUCAUGUUAGAAGAAACAGUUUUUAUUUCGAGUUAAAUUGCCAUUAAUCUGCCAGACAGUAUUAAGUCGCACGUGUUUACUUUGUGUUCUUUUAUGUAGUAUUAUCUUGGUUGUUUACAUUACCUCAGAGAGAAAAGAACAAAAAUCGACAGUCUUUGUACGAACUCUAUCACUUCAUUACACCUUGUUCCAACAUUCGAUAUUCUUUUGUAAUGUGCAAUACGUUCUCUUUCAUUAAAAACGUUUUACUUGCUGUUGUAUUCAGUGAAUAUAACGUUAGGAGUCUCAUGUAAAUAGUUUAUUUAUAUGUGUUUACUUUUAUUAUAUUGUAA